CCUCCCAAGAACACAUGAAAUAAGCCAAGGAAGAGUGGAAGAGAAAGAAAAGUAUAUCGAAAGAGUACAAUUUUCCAAUCUUUAUAUACAUAUCAAAUUCCAUACAUAAAACCCAGUACUUAAUUCUCUGUUGAACAGCAAAAGAGACGAUGAAUUGCUCGCUAAAUUGGCCGGAGCCAGUUGUCCGAGUGCAGUCCUUAUCGGAGAGUGGGAUAUGCUCAAUCCCAGAGUGCUUCAUUAAACCUCUCUCUGAUAGGCCUUCAAGGAACACCGUCACCACCACCACCACCAAUAUUUCAGAGACUCAUGUCAAUAUCCCAGUAAUUGACCUCCAGAACCUGUUCAGCAACGAUCAGAGACUCUGCGACGAGACUCUGAGACUGGUAUCGGAUGCCUGCCGGGAGUGGGGCUUCUUUCAGAUUGAGAACCAUGGGGUGAGCCAUGAGUUGAUGAAGAGUGCCAGAGAAACCUGGCGUCAGUUCUUUGGCCUCCCGCUUGAUUUGAAGCAAGAGUAUUCCAACUCCCCGAGUACGUACGAAGGGUAUGGCAGUCGUUUGGGAGUGGAGAAGGGGGCAAUUCUAGAUUGGAGCGACUACUUCUUCCUCCAUUACAUGCCUCUAUCUCUCAGGAACGAGGUUAAAUGGCCAGCAGUCCCGCCAUCAUGCAGGAAAGUGAUUGCAGAAUAUGGUGAUGAAACGGUAAAGCUAUGUGGAAGAUUGAUGAAAAUAUUGUCCAUAAAUCUGGGACUAGGGGAGGAGUAUCUUCAAAAUGCUUUUGGAGGCAGUGAGAGCAUAGGUGCAUGCUUAAGGGUGAAUUUUUACCCGAAAUGUCCACAACCUGAUCUCACUCUUGGUCUGUCUCCACACUCCGAUCCCGGCGGCUUCACCCUUCUCCUUCCUGAUGAGGACGUGUCCGGACUUCAAGUCCUCAAAUGUAAUGAGUGGGUUACUGUUAAACCUGUUCCAAAUGCUUUCAUUGUCAACAUAGGGGAUCAAAUUCAGGUGCUGAGUAAUGCAAUUUACAAGAGUGUGGAGCACAGGGUGAUCGUGAAUGCUGUGAAAGACCGAGUUUCGCUGGCCUUAUUUUACAACCCAAAGAGCGAUUUACUCAUCCAACCUGCCGAGCAGCUUGUGACCGAGGAUCGGCCUGCACUUUAUUCACCAAUGACAUUUGACGAAUAUAGACUUUAUAUCAGGACAAAGGGUCCUCGUGGCAAGGCUCAAGUCGAAUCCUUAAAAUGUCCCAGAUAAGUUCAAGAUAUAUAUAUAUAUAUAUAUAUAAAAUAAAUUAAUAGUGUUAUUUUUCCAAAACGCCUCGAUCGGUACUACCAUGCAUGCAGUACCUUCUGAGUAAUCCCUCCUUUUCAAUCUGUAAUGUUCGUUAAUAAAAACUUGAAUUGCAUGACCAGAAAAGUUAUGACAGACAACUUAAGUUAAUUUCA